AUGUCCCCGCUGCGCCCACUGCUGCUGGCCCUGGCCCUGGUGGCCGUCCCUGGCGUCCGAGGCGCCUGCCCGGAGCCCGCCGACCUCAAGAACGACGACGGGACGCGCACUUGCGCCAAGCUCUACGACAAGAGCGACCCCUACUAUGAGAACUGCUGCGGCGGCGCCGUGCUGUCGGUGGAGCCGGGCGCCGACCUGCCCUACCUGCCCUCUGACUGGUCGAACACCAUCUCGUCGAUCGUGGUGGCCCAGCGCUGCCAGCUCACUGUGUGGUCCACUCGCGGCAAGUCCGGCAAGACGCGCAAAUUCUCUGCCGGCACCUACCCGCGCCUGGAAGAGUACCGGCGCGGCAUCUUCGGGGACUGGUCCAACUCCAUCUCCGCGCUCUACUGCAGGUGCCGCCCGCCUUAG